UAGGUUUAUAUACCACUUACGUGCUCAACAACCUUUCGACGAAACAGGGAUCUCACUACACAUGGGGAUUUCCCGUAGUGUGUGUGUGUACGUAGUUAAGAUAUUGACCUAACAAUAGCAUAUUCAAAAUAUGAAUGGAAAUAUUGUGACGUCAUGUGAUACGUCACCAUUAGCAGCGAAAAUCGCGGAGGAACACGAAAAAUGUUUAGUUCCUUUAAAAGAUGAUUUAGCCAACUGGUUGUCCAAGUUGUUUGACAAACAAUUUAAUGCUGAGAAUUUGUUCGAAACUCUGCAAACUGGGUCUCUACUUUGUCAGUUGGCUGCCUUUAUUCAUAAAUUUGCUGCCGAGCGAAAUGUUCGCCCCAAAUCUGCAAAACAUCGGAGUGGAGAAGGCCCAAUAUCCGCCCAAUUGGCAAUACGGGGUACCUCUAUGCAUGCCUGCUUUUGUCUAAUGUUUAGCGCCCACACUGUCCGGCAAAAAUCCCCCCAAAAAUAAUCAUCCACAAAGUAA